AUGUUUACACUCUACACCAGUUGCAGUGCAAACAGAGUAAAAAAGCAAAAAUUGAUAACACUCAACAAAAUUGAAGAUACUAAAACGCUACGAACGCUCUAUCGGCAGAAUUGGCCGGCAAAUGCACUCGGCUGCUACACGCUGGACAAUUUCAUCAAAUGGCAUGAACGCGAUAAGCAGCUGCAGCACGUGCGUAUCUACACGCUGGACGAUGGCGAACAGUGGUGCUGCAAUGGAUUGCAUUUGAUUGUGGUGCGUUUUAUGCGUUGACAGUCCAGAGAGAGGGUGGGAGGGGUAGAAAACAAAAUGUUGUAUCGACAGCAUAAAUAGUGAUUGACACUUUAAUGCCUUUCUGAUUGGUUAGGAUUAUUUCUAACUGUUUGUGAAUAUACUGCCUGUUAAGGAUGCCAAAUUGCUUCUGAGAACGGCGUUAAAAUUGCUUGACUGGUCGCAAGGCUACAAAAUCACUGCCAUACCGGAUGUAUACAACGGUACUGUGUGUGAGCUGUUGAAUGAAAUGCAAUUGAAAUGGCACGCUAUACGUCUCAACAUCUAUCAACUAGCAAGAGAAAAAGCAUUGAGUGUGAA